GUGCUCGGCGACAGACGCGCCCGGGGAACCACAAGCCCAGAAGCCCGCGCGCGCGCCCGUCUCCCUCCCCUCCCGGAGUCGGAGUGCUGUUUUUGUUGUUGGUGAAAGGUGAGGGAACAGCUGAUCCGUCCGUGGGGAGGACAGACACCCCGAGGCCAAGAUGGAAGAAUCCUCCCUCAGCCGGGCCCCGUCCCGGAGCGGAGUCACCUUUCUGAAUGUCGCCCGGACCUACAUCCCCAAUACCAAGGUGGAAUGUCACUACACCCUUCCCCCAGGCACCGUGCCCAGCACUAGCGACUGGAUUGGCAUCUUCAAGGUGGAGGCCGCUUGUGUACGAGAUUACCACACGUUUGUGUGGUCUUCAGUGCCUGAGAGUACAGCCGAGGGUUCCCCCGUCCACGCCAGUGUCCAGUUCCAAGCCAGCUACCUGCCCAAGCCGGGGGCCCAGCUCUACCAGUUCCGGUAUGUGAACCGCCAGGGCCGAGUGUGCGGGCAGAGCCCCGCUUUCCAGUUCCGGGAGCCACGGCCCAUGGACGAGCUCGUGACCCUGGAAGAGACGGAUGGGGGCUCUGACAUCUUGCUGGUGGUGCCCAAGGCGACUGUGCUACAGAGCCAGCUGGACGAAAGCCAACAGGAGAGGAAUGACCUGAUGCAGUUGAAGCUGCAGCUGGAGGGGCAGGUGACGGACCUGCGCGGCCGCGUGCAGGAGCUGGAGAAGACGCUGCUGGCGGCCAGGCGGGAGCACGCAGAGCUCACGGAGCAGUACAAGGGCCUCUCCCGAUCCCAUGGGGAGCUGACAGAAGAGAGGGAUGUCCUGAGUCGGCAGCAGGGAGAUCACGUGGCGCGUAUCCUGGAGCUGGAAGAUGACAUCCAGACCAUCAGUGAGAAAGUGCUGACAAAGGAGGUGGAGCUGGACAGGGUUAGAGACACAGUGAAGGUGCUGACGCGCGAGCAGGAGAAACUCCUCGGGCAACUGAAGGAAGUGCAGGCAGACAAGGAUCAGAGCGAGGCCGAGCUGCAGGCGGCACAGCGGGAGAACUCUCGCUUGAGUUUGGAGCUGCAGGAGGCCAAGGGCCGCCAGGAGGAACUGGGCGCCCAGGCGCAGCGGCUGAAGGACAAGGUGGCCCAGAUGAAGGACACCCUGGGCCAGGCCCAGCAGCGGGUGGCCGAGCUGGAGCCGCUGAAGGAGCAGCUCCGAGGCGCCCAGGAGCUGGCAGCGUCGAGCCAGCAGAAAGCCGCGCUGCUGGGGGAGGAGCUGGCCAGCGCAGCAGGGGCCAGGGACCGCACCAUGGCCGAGCUGCACCGCAGCCGCCUGGAGGUGGCCGGCGUCAACGGCCGGCUGGCCGAGCUCAGUCUGCACCUGAAGGAGGAGAAGAGCCAGUGGAGCAAGGAGCGGGCAGGGCUGCUGCAGAGCGUGGAGGCAGAGAAGGACAAGAUCCUGAAGCUGAGCGCAGAGAUACUCCGACUGGAAAAGGCCGUUCAGGAGGAGAGGACACAGAAUCAAGUGUACAAGACGGAACUAGCCCGGGAAAAGGACUCGAGCCUGGUGCAGCUGUCUGAGAGCAAACGGGAGUUGACGGAGUUGCGCUCCGCCCUGCGGGUGCUCCAGAAGGAGAAGGAGCAGCUGCAGGAGGAGAAACAGGAACUGCUCGAGUACAUGAGGAAGCUGGAGGCCCGCCUGGACAAGGUGGCAGAUGAGAAGUGGAAUGAGGAUGCGGCUACUGAGGACGAGGAGGCUUCUGCGGGGCUGAGUCUGUACCUCCCAGCCCCCCCCACCCCACCCCCUCCUGCUCAUCUUGUGGCCUGGCUUCCGCCUGCCCCUGGGGGUGGCGCCUUAGGGACAAGGGGCCUCUGCUUCUCUGCUUUCUCCUUCCCACACUCGGGCUCCCCCAUUCAGCGUCACUGCUCUGACCCGGCCUGGAUGGCUGACAGGUCUCUCUCUCCUCUCUCUCUCUCACCCCCCUCGCCCACGCCCCUGCUCACAGGCUGCCCCGCAGCGCUGACGGACUCGGAGGAUGAGUCCCCGGAAGACAUGAGGCUGCCCCGCUACGGCCUGUGUGAGCGCGGGGACGCCGGCUCUUCCCCCGCGGGCCUGCGAGAGGCUUCCCCCCUCGUGGUCAUCAGCCAGCCCGCUCCCAUCGCCCCCCACCUCUCCGGGCCCGCCGAGGACAGCAGCUCCGACUCGGAGGCCGAGGACGAGAAGUCGGUCCUGAUGGCCGCGGUGCAGAGUGGGGGCGAGGAGGCCAACCUGCUGCUCCCAGAGCUGGGCAGCGCCUUCUACGACAUGGCCAGUGGCUUUGCAGCGGGUCCCUUGGCAGAGAGCAGCACUGGCGGGCCGGCCACCCCGCCGUGGAAGGAGUGCCCAAUCUGCAAGGAGCGGUUCCCAGCUGACAGUGACAAGGAUGCGCUGGAGGACCACAUGGAUGGACACUUCUUCUUCAGCACCCAGGACCCCUUCACCUUUGAGUGACCUCGCCCCUCCCGCGUCCACUCUUACGCAUAUACACACACACGUAUGCACGCACACACACACACACGAGCACACACACACGCACACACACACACACACACACACACACACACACACACACACCCUCAUGCACAGACAUCCAUGUAGAUCUCAUGCCCACCUCCAUCACCCCGGCUCCAUGAUGCUCCGUUCCCUCAAAAACUCCCACGGGCUGGGUCCUUCCUCAGCCCCCAACUUCACCCUGUGCCACCUGGCCCUUUGGUCCAGGCAGGGGCCCUCUCGCAAGCAGUGGCUGAAUUUUCUUCCCGAAAGCGGUUUGGACAGAUCCAGGGUGGAGGCGGCCUCCCAGGAGCCUGAGCCUCUCUGAGCCCUGGUUGCCUGGUUACCCGUCAGCCACUGCUUACCUGCGCCACACACACUCGUAUACUCACACACACACUCCCCUCCGGUGCCCCAAUGCCAAUUCCUGGGGCCCCCCGCCCUCUUACUUGGGGUCUGUGUUUGUUUACCUGCCUUUUUCUGGGGUCUGCGUUGAGGCAGCAGCAUGGAUGUCACCCUUUUCAGGUCUCUUCCGGUUCUGAGCUUCACUGGUUCCUUCCUGCCCUCCCACUGCCUUCCGCCCCCGCCCCCGCCUUUUCAAGACCUUAGAGAUUAAGUUUGGAAGUUCCUUUUGUAUUUUUUGAGGUUCCAUGCACUCUCUCCCUGCCAUCCUCUCCCCCCCCCCGCCCCCAGGGUCCUCACAUGGAAAGAAAUAAUGCAUUUGUGCCUUCUGUGAGGGAUGGGGGACAGUGGUCCCAGGUGUCCCCAUUUCCCAGCCCUGCCUCCCUCGCCCGGAUCCUCCCCACAGCAAUAAGAGCCUCCUUCAGCCCCCCGCCCCCCGCCCUGCACCUGUAGUUUGGAGAAAUAUAUUUAUAUAAUAUGUAUAAUGAUUCUAAUAAAAUGUGUUCUUAUCAUGA